CCGGUUCCGUCUCAACACGGAAACGCUGAGAAAAGACAUGAGAGUUUGAGAGGAAUUUAAAGCGGCAUUCUUAAUUUUUUUUUUCUCACCGUUACUGAGCGCACAACUUUAUUUAUUUUUAUUUUUUACCAUGUCAAACCUCGGGUGUUAGCUAUGCUACGGACGGAAGCAGACGCGGGUAACGAGGAGAGAGUUCGGCCUCUGUGUUGUUGUUAGUUCUGGAGCUUAAGUCCUCUGUGUCGGAACAUGAGACCGAGUGGUUUAGGGGUCACGGGGGCUCUGGGACGAAUGCUACUGUCUCUUCUCCUGCUGUCUUCGGAAGGCCAAAUACUUCAGGUUGGGGGUGUGAAGGCAGUCGCCCUCCCAGAAUCCCUCCUGUUCAUCUCGACUCUGGACGGGAGUCUGCAUGCUGUCUCCAAACAGACAGGAAACAUCAAGUGGACCUUAAGAGAAGACCCCAUUAUUCAGGUGCCUGACUACCUCCCAGAGCCAAGUAUUCUCCCAGACCCUAACGAUGGCAGUCUGUAUGUGCUGGGUGGGAAGCACAAAGAAGGCCUGAUGAAACUGCCUUUUACCAUCCCAGAGCUGGUUCAGUCAGCUCCCUGCAGAAGCUCUGACGGCAUACUUUACACAGGGAAAAAACAUGACGCGUGGUUCGUGGUGGAUCCUGAAACGGGCGAGAAGCAAACGAGUUUAACCACGUCCUCGUCUGAAUCCAUCUGCCCCAACAGUCCUCUGCUCUACAUCGGACGCACAGAAUACAUGGUCACCAUGUUCGACACGAAAACACAAGCGCUGCGAUGGAACGCUACGUACAACGGUUACUCUGCUCAUCCUUAUGAUGAGAAGCAAGGCUACAAAAUGUCCCACCUGGUGUCCAGCGGAGACGGUCUUGUUGUGACAGUUGACAGAGAGUCAGGCGAAGUUCUUUGGACUCAGAACUACGGUUCACCCGUCGUAGGGGUUUACCUUUACUACGAGGACUCGCUGAGACACGCCCCUCACCUGUCCCUCGCCAUGGAGACGCUGCGCUUCCUCACCUUCUCCUCCGCCAAAGACCAGGCAGACGCUCACUCCACCCUGAAGUGGAGCUACCAGUUUGUGAAGGAGCAAGCCAGCACGCAAACACAACUAAUACCCACCCUCUACGUUGGAAAGUUAGACUCCCACCUCUACGCUUCGACUUCACUGGUGCACCGUGGCGUCUCAUUAGUGCCCCGAGGACUGACUCUGGCACGGAUUGAGGGUCCGCUGACAGAAGGAGUGACGGUCAGUCAGAGAGGGGAGUGUGAGAUCACACCGUCCACUGACGUGCAGUAUCCACCGGGGAGCAGCCUGAGAAACCAGUGGCUGCUAAUCGGCCACCACGAGCUUCCUCCUGUGGCCCACACCACCAUGCUGAGGGACUUCCCAGCCACCUUGCAGAACUCCGGUGAAGCAGUCAUCCCCCCUCGCUCCUCUGCCUCUCCGGUUUCUCCCAGACCCUCUGACCAUCAGCGUUACUUUCAGACAGCUUCUGCAAGUCAUCGUGAUGCUAACGCUAACAAAGGCGGUUCUGACAACAAAGCAGCCACCGUGCGUCUUGUAUACAUGACUCAGGACUGGCUGACGCCCGUUGUUCUGACCGUCCUGGUGGGAGGAUGGCUCACCUUAAUACUCACGUUUCCCCUUCGUAAAGCCCAGCAGCUGAAAGCUCAAAGGCAGCUGGAGGAGGCUUUCGAGUCUCGCCUCCAUCAAAUGCAGACAAACAUUCAGACGAUGACGUUUGGUCCUGCAGACGGCAGCUUGUCCACAGACUCAAACAUCUCAACCGACUCUCUGCCUGCAUCAAAUGAUGCUUCACCUAAUAAUCAGAGUCCCAACAGAAGCCUCUCAGAUGCAGAAAAAAAUAAUUCAGAUGGAGAAAACAGCAAUGAAGUUCUGGUGGGAAAAAUCUCCUUCGAUCCCUCUGAGGUGCUUGGACACGGCACGGCUGGAACUUUUGUGUUCAGGGGGAAAUUCGAUGGGCGCCKUAUAGCCGUCAAGCGAAUCUUGCCAGAGUGUUUCGAGGUAGCAGAGAGGGAGGUGCAGCUUCUCCGGGAGUCCGACACGCACCCCAACGUCAUCCGAUACUUCUGCACGGAGAGGGACCGCCUCUUCACCUACAUCGCCAUCGAGCUGUGCGCGGCCACGCUGCAGCAGUACGUGGAGGAUCCAUCUUGUUCUCCUGGGCUGAAUCCUAUAACUCUGCUGGAACAAACCAUGCGUGGCCUUUCCCACCUGCACUCGCUCAACAUAGUCCAUCGUGACUUGAAGCCUAGAAAUAUACUCCUUUCUGGUCCAAAUGCACUGGGUCAAGUCCGAGCUCUCAUCUCAGACUUUGGUCUUUGUAAGAAGAUCCCAGACGGGCAGAAGAGCUUUUCUCUGCGCUCUGGAAUACCAGGAACUGAAGGGUGGAUAGCUCCCGAAGUGCUGAGAAACACACCUGGAAGCAAACCGACGACGGCCGUGGACGUGUUCUCGGCAGGCUGUGUGUUUUACUAUGUGGUCAGCAGGGGGCAGCACCCGUUUGGAGACACGCUGAGACGACAGGUCAACAUCCUGUCAGGAGACUACUCACUUCUACAUUUUAUGGAGGGUAUACACGAUGAUGUCAUAGCAAAGGAUCUGAUUGAACAAAUGAUCAGCGCUGAUGCAGAGUCACGACCCUCCACCGCCUGCGUGCUCAAACACCCUUUCUUCUGGAGCCCCGAGAAGCAGCUGCUCUUUUUCCAGGAUGUUAGCGAUCGCAUCGAGAAGGAGCGACCGGACAGUCCGAUCGUAGUGCGACUGGAGGCCGCAGGAAGGACGGUGGUCCGAACCAACUGGAGGAUGCAUAUAUCUGCACCUUUACAGACAGACCUGAGGCGGUUCAGGACGUAUAAAGGGAACUCGGUCAGAGAUCUGCUUCGAGCCAUGAGGAACAAGAAGCAUCACUACCACGAGCUGCCGCCGGACGUGCAGGAGGCUCUCGGCGAACUUCCCGAAGGCUUCAUCGGCUACUUCACCUCUCGGUUUCCACGAUUACUGAUGCACACACACACCGCUCUGCAAAUCUGCGCGCACGAGAGGCCGUUUCACCCCUACUAUCUGCCACCCAAAGCCAAAUAACUUUCACAUGACUAGGCAUUUCACAGGGGGGCGAGUCCAGGACAGUACCUCAUUAUUGCUUUUGUAAAGUUCAUACUGUUUUAGGAGAAAUCAGUGCUGUGAAAGUUUUUAUAUGUCUUCRGAUGUUUUAUGGAAAACUUUUUUAUUGUUUUAUUUAACUCUCCCUCACAAGGCUGUAACAACCUUUUGAUAAAAAAAAACACUCCUCUUUUUUAUAUUGGCUCGUGGGAAGAAAMGCUAAAGUAAACAAAAAUAAGUUGCAUAAAUAAUGAAAUUAAAAAGUAAACAGAACUUUUAGCCACUUUAGCAGACUGAAACAUGUAAUGUUACAGCAGUUUGUUUUUAUUUAUGGUUAUAAUGAAAGAACGUGCACUGAGAUGGGCUUCAGUUGACUGUCAGCUUCAAAUCUGAAGCUCAGAUUGUCAAAACAGAAGUUUUUUUAAAAAUAAUGCUGUGACUCAAAGAACCAAACGUUUUGGUCACAGAAAUGUGGUCACAGCACUGCGAGUAGUUCAGACCCCCAAAACUAAUUAUCAAAAUAAAAAAGCAAAAACAGUUUUUAGUUUUAAAGUGUUUACUGGCUGCACGUAAGAAAAAUAAGUUCAUUUCAGGUUUCUGCUGCUGCUCAACUUACCUGUACAACAGAUUUUACUAUAUUUAUCAGCUGGUGUGUGUGUGUGUGUGUGUGUGUGUGUGUGUGUGUGUGGGGUAGCUACACUGACUACACAAUGUUCAUUAAAAGUGUCGUCUGUUCCAUCACAAAUUUAAGGACAUUUUCUGCGCUUUGCUCCUGAACGUUCAGAUGUUUGACCCGUCAGUGGUCGACGGGCCGAGCUGCGACUCAGGCGGACGGUUCUGGGCAGUUUUUGCAUUUAUUGGAUCAGCACUCCUCAGCCUUGGCACCAGCACAAGAAGUACUGCCAUAAUUCUGGUCCAGAAAUGCAAAACGUUUCCUGUUCCUGCUGAACUCUGGUGUGUUUGUAGUUCUUUACAUGAGUGAAUGAUGAUAUUUGAACUUUUGUACUGUUUUUUUUUUUUUUUUUUUUUGAAUGACUGAAUGAAUAAAAUUGAUGCUCUGGGUGUACCAAAGAAU